AUGGGUCUAUUUGGACGAUCCAAAAGGAAGUCAAGGGAGACUCUGGGGUUUCACAAACCUAUCAGUGCCACGGACCAGUAUUACCUUAACCAGGCCCAGCAGAAGGCAAGUGAUAAUUUUAACAUUGGGCAAACGCAACCUUCCAGAGCGUAUUCACUUAGUGGACAGGCUGCUUCAACUGCCUUAUAUGCGCACAAUCAACGUCAAAAUAGUCUUACAAGUUAUAGACCCCCAAGUAUUAUUCCCGCUUAUGAAAGAAGAACCAUGAGUUUGAAUUCUGGGUCAUUGAGAAACUCACAGACUCCACGCAUGCGAAUGAAUAGUAUAACUUCAACGACUACGAGUGUUCUGGUCAAGACCACUAAGGAAACUCUUCAAGACGGAUCUACCAGAAGUAUCACCAGACAAACUAUUCAGGACCUUGGUGAUUAUGAAAUUGUUCAAACCACCCGCAUUAUACCCAAACAUGUUGUAACAGCAUCAGAUAAUGAUCUUGAGGCUUUGAUUGGAGAUUUUGAUCAAGAUUUCCAUAAUGAAAUUGAUUACAUACCUGAAGAGGAUGAAGCUGUGGAGGAGAAUCAAGGAAACUCAAAUGAUACCUCAUCAGGCUAUUACUCUGUGUACUCUGAUGCAGAAGAGGCCCCAACCAGAGUUAUCCCUCGUUCCAAUGUACCCUCACCAAGACAACCAAUAGAACACAGUGACUCUAUUACUAGUAGCAAUUUACGGAAAAAUGUCAAGUUCCAUGCACCUCCCCAGCAGCCUAAAAAAGAGAUGAAGCCCAAAAAGAGUGUUCAAUUAACAGAUGAGGAGAUGUACUCCAAGGCCAUGGAGGUUGCGAUGGCAAAGGUUUAUGGUGACAGGCUAAAUAGUAUGAAUAAAAGGGGUGAUGCUACGAACCCCGCUGUCACUGCGACUCCGUCCCUUACAGAACAGUCAAUUGACGGAAAACAUGCAUCAAAAGAACAAAUUAAAAUCGAGGCUGAUGCGCAAGCUAGCCGUGUGCAGGAAAAGAAGGGAGAGCCAGCAAGCAACGGAAAAUCUGACGGAAAAUUCGACAAUUCACACAGUGAUGCCUCAACUGGCCCAACAACGCCUCCUGCUUCCACUACUCCCUCCCCUGCUAGCGCACAAAGAAAAUUUUUCAAAAUGGGAAGUAGCAGUGAAACUAAAAGGCACUCUUCCACAAAAUCAAAGCACCCAUCACCUCAAAAAUCUCAAUUGAUGCGAAGACUUCUCGCCUUAUUUGAUCUUGCGUAG